ACUAGUACCUCCUACAUUUAACGUUGUCUGGGGAUAAUCGUGUUUAAAAGGCCGGUUUGAGGGGAUGCCUCCCCCUCCCUCCCAACACAUAUGCUCGCCGUGGGAAAGAUGAAACCCCCCCGGUUUCACUGCCGUGGUGUUAGCUGUUUACUCGGAGGAGCUGUUUGAACCGUGGGACGGAGAGGGAGCUAGAGACUCCUGCUCCAGCUGCCAUCCUACCCCUCCCCCUCCUCCUCCUCCUCCUCCUCCACCAGAACCACUUCUUUCUCAUCACAUCCUGAGAAUUUUGGAGAUGUGAGGAAUAGGAAGAGAUUGGUGAUUUUGAGCAGCCUGUGCAUUGACACGACCUCUUGACCUCAUCUUCAGCAUGAAUGGUGAUAUGCCUCAUGUUCCCAUCACUACUCUUGCUGGAAUUGCUAGCCUGACAGACUUGUUGAACCAGCUGCCCUUGCCUUCCCCUCUGCCUGCCACCACUGCAAAGAGUCUGCUCUACAAUGGAAGGAUCUCCGAAGAGGUCAGCAGCCUGCUGGUGUGUCGGGACGAGAAUCUGGUGACUCAGCUGGCACAUAGCCUUAACCAGGUCUCAACUGAACACAUAGAGUUGAAGGACAACUUGGGGAAUGAUGAACCUGAGGGUGAUAUGCCAAUGCUUCUCCAAACCUUGCUGUCCAGAAACCCCCAUAUCUUCAGGGACAAAAGUGUAAGGCAGCAGCCUAUGGUUCAACAGUAUAAGCUGUCUCAGAAUCAGGUGCAUGGGAGUCCAGCAUCAAACUAUCCGCAAACCACUGUCCCUCAAAGCCCCCCUGGAUGCUUUACAUCCCCGCAGUCUGGGUCAGGAACUCGAUUUGUACCGCAGCAGAACAGCCCUAUACCCAGUCCCUAUACUCCUCAAAGUCCUGCUGACUACAUGCAGUACAGUCCACCCAGUUACUCUCAACACCAGCAGACUCAGCAAGUUACUGGAAGUCUCCGAAAUAUCCAUGACAACAAAGUCUCUGGACAGCUAUCAAGUAACCCACCCAAUCAUAACGCAAGACCAGAUUCUGAUGAAGACUACAUGAACAUGGCUCACAGACUGGGAAAUGAGGGAAAUGAUCGUUCCACGAGGGCGGCCUCGUUUCCAGUUAAAUCACCACAGUCGGUGUGUUCCCCUGCUGGGAGUGAAGAGGCUGCAAAAUGGUCAAGACCUCCUCUUAUCAUGCAGUCACAUCCGCCUGAUUUACCACCGGUUGCAGCACCCGACCUGCUCCUCUCCUCUUCUGACCACAAAAAGAGGCAGAAAGAAAGGCUCAAAGAGGAAAAUGAGCAGAUGGACAAAAAUUCCCUGUAUGAUAUCGUUAGCUCUCCACUGAAAGACUCUGCACGGCUGACUUUAAAACUGUCCCGAGUGAGGUCUUCGGACUUGGAUGAAUCCAAAGGGCUUUCUCCUAGUGCAGUUGAGGACCAUGCAACUGAUUUGAUGAAUAAUAAUCAGUUGUCAAGGACUGCCCAUGACUUGUCACACAAGUUGGGUGCCGAGGAGCAGGCAAACUGUCAGCAGGCUCCUGUUCAGCCAAACAUCAAGGAGACUGGAGUCAUCAGUGGGGCUGUGUUCGAUGACGCCGAGAUAGACGCACUGGCAGACUUUGAGAGAAUAGAACGCGAGUCAGUCAGUGAGAGAGAGCGAUGGUCUAAAGAAGUCCAGGAUAAAGACAAGCCACUGAAGAAACGGAAGCAAGACUCGUAUCCUCAGGAACCCGGAGCUGAGGCUGGCGACGGGCCUGCCGCACACGGGGGCAACACUGGCAGCAAGUUGACACCCAAGAAGACGAAUGCUGCGAGUAACGGUGCUAGCCGGCCUGCUUUAAUGGUCAGUAUUGAUCUGCAGCAAGCCGGCAGAGUGAAAGGACAGCCUGUGGUAGUCUUGGAAGCAAGGCAGCUCUGCGAGGACCACCUGCGGCGCCUAAAGACAAAGACAGACGGAAAGGUGGAUAAAGUUAGUGAGAACAGACCCGGCAUCAUCAAACAGCAUGCUGACAACUCCAAGAAGUCCAGCACAGACGUCCAACCAGAAACCCUUAAAGAGAAGCAGGAAAGCCGACGGGAAUCUAAGCACCGACCAAGCAGCAAGGGACACUCAGAUGGCAAACGAUCAGACACACCACGGCAGAAACACGACAGACAUUCAGACUCGCGGCACAAAGAGGAGAAGAACCACAACAGUCACAAAUCCCAUCUCAGCCAACCUGAGGCUCCUGAAACCAUGAGCAAGGCAGAGCGUAAUUCCAAACAGGUAGAUGACAUAGGUAAGGAUAGAGAUAAGGACAGAGAUCGAGAUAAGGAUAAGGACACAGACAGAGAUAAGGAUAAGGAUAAGGACAAGGACCGAGAUAAGGAUAAGGAUAAGGACAAGGAUCGAGAUCGGGAUAAGGACAGGGAUAGAGAUAGAGAUAAGAUUAAGGACAGGGAUAGAAAUAGGGUUAAGGAGAGAGAUAAAGAAAAGGAUAUGGAUAAGGAUAAGGAUAGAGAUAAAGAUAAAGAAAAGGUUAUUGAUAAGGAAAGAGAUAGGGAUAAGGACAAAGGUAGAGAUAAAGAUAAGAACAAGGAAAGAGAUAGGGAUAGGGAUAAGGACAAAGAAAAAGAGAGGAAUAAAGACAAAGAUAAGGAAAGGGAUAAGGACAAAGAUAGAGAUAAAGAUAAAGAGAGGAAUAAGGACAGAGAUAAGGACAAAGAUAAAGAGAGGAAUAAGGACAGAGAUAGAGAAAGAAUCAAAGAUAGGGAAAGGAAACACAAGAUGCUGUCAAAAGAAAACGGCAACAGACACCAACAUUCUCCUGACCGGCAUGCUAAAGCCGAAAGCCCUAGAGUGAAACAAGACGGAAGCAGAAAAUCCACUGACCUCAAUGGUCGACAGAGGACAGAUAGUUCCAGCCUUCAAAAUCCCCAACACAAGGAAGAGAGGAAAAGCGGGGAUGACCGCAGUAAUUGCCAAACUGGGAAUAAACAGCAUCCCUUUGAGAUAAAUCCUAGUGUGUUCCCCUCAUACCUGCUGGGUGGAAGGUCAGGAAGUCUGAAGAACUUUGUGAUUCCAAAAUUUAAACGGGAUGGAAAAGACAAAGAUCCCCCAAUUCCCAAAAAAGUGGCGGAGGCUUGGAGCGAACCCCGGGUCAGACUGGAGAGAGUGUCGCUGGUAGAGAACAUUAACAAAGGAGCUAAGCCUGUUGUUGUGCUCAAGAAACUAAGUGUCGAUGAGGUAAAAAAGAUCAUUAAGGAAAGCAGGGAUACACACGGCUCCAAAUCCAGGAACUUGUCCUCUUUUGAAAAAUCAGGGAAAGAGUCAAACAAGCGCAGGCACAGUAUGGUCAGUAAGAAACCCAAGUACGCUGAGUCCAACUCCGAUGAAGAGGAUGAAGACAACUCUGACAAUGAGUAUGUAAGGAAAAAGCCCAAGAAAGAACACGACAAGUCAUGGAAACAGGAGGAGAAGAAAGGUUCUCGCCGGUCGGGUGGUCAUCACCGCCAAAGGAUCUCAGACGACUCAGAUGAAGACACUCCACCUCCAAGCCUAAGUGAUGUUGCCAGAAAACUGAAGAAAAAGGAGAAACUAAAAAACAGAAAGGCGUACGACUCCAAGAUGACACUAGAGGAAAAGUUGGACUCUUCCACAUUUAAGAGAUUCACAGCCAGCGUGGACAACAUUAUUGAAAGUCUUGAAGAUGCAGACUUCAGUGGUGCAGAUGAUGAUGAGAUACCUGAAGAACUCCUGCUUGGAAAACACCAGUUGGGCGAGCUAGGCAGCGACUCCUCUAAGAUUAAAGCUAUGGGCAUCUUUAACAAGUUUCCAUCUGAGAAACUGGUGAAAAUUCUGAAUAUCCUGGAGAAGAACAUUCGGGACAGUGUCAAACUUUCCACAUUAAUGAAUCAUGGUAAUGAUUCCAUGGAUGAGGAGCGGUUGUGGCGUGACCUGAUCAUAGAGCGGGUGACAAAGUCUGCUGAUGCCUGCCUGACUGCACUUAACAUCAUGACAUCUCCACGCAUGCCCAAGGUUGUUUAUAUAGAGGAUGUGAUUGAGAGGGUGCUGCAGUAUACCAAGUUCCAUCUGCAGAACUCUUUGUACCCUCAGUAUGACCCGGCCUACAGACUGGAUCCACACGGAGGUGGCAGUCAUAACUCAAAGGCCAAGAGAGCAAAGUGUUCUACCCAUAAGCAGAAGGUGGUUGUCACACUUUACAACAAAGUGUGUGACAUUGUCAGCAACAUGUCGGAGCUCCUGGAGAUCCAGCUGUUAACUGACACGACCAUUCUACAAGUGUCCAAUCUUGGUAUUACACCGUUUUUUGUGGAGAAUGUCAAUGAACUGCAACUGUGUGCCAUCACACUUGUGACAGCAGUGUUCUCUCGUUACGAGAAGCACAGGCAGCUCAUUCUUGAAGAAAUCUUCACCUCCCUGGCUAGACUGCCUACUAGCAAACGCAGCCUCAGGAACUUUAGGCUAAACACCAGUGAUUCGGUUGGAGAGUCCUUGUAUAUUCAGAUGGUCACAGCUCUGGUUCUUCAGCUCAUCCAGUGUGUGGUACAGCUCCCCUCUGAGAGGGACGUAGAUGAUGAACAUAAUAAGAAGGUGGACAAAGAUAUCCUCAUCACAAAUUCUUAUGAAACUGCCAUGAGGACGGCUCAGAACUUCCUAUCAGUGUUUCUCAAGAAAUGUGGCAGUAAGCAAGGAGAGGAGGACUACAGACCCCUGUUUGAGAACUUUGUUCACGACCUGCUGUCAACAGUCAACAAGCCUGAGUGGCCUGCAGCUGAACUGCUGCUCAGUUUACUCGGCCGGCUUUUGGUGCACCAGUUCAGUAACAAGCAGACAGAAAUGGCGCUCAGGGUGGCAUCACUGGACUACCUCGGCACUGUUGCUUCUCGCCUGCGUAAAGAUGCUGUCACAAGCAAGAUGGACCAAAAGGCCAUUAACCGCAUCCUCGAACAUACUCCAGGCAAUGAUGAGACCCAACAACUCCAGAAAGCCUUGCUAGACUAUCUAAAUGAAAACAUUGAUAAAGACACAUCUUUAGUGUUUGCAAGGAAGUUUUACAUCGCUCAGUGGUUCAGGGACACAACAACUGAGGCAGACAAAGCGAUGAAGUCUCAAAAUGAGAAAGACGAUGAUUGGAAAGGUCAUUCCAGGGAUGAUGAUUCAACUGCUGAAAUUAUGCAGAGGGCUGAAGCACGAAAGAAAUUCCUCCGCAAGAUAAAGACUUCACAAUCACAUUUCAAUUCUCUGACGUCAAACUCUGACACAGUAGACUAUGAGGACUCCUGUCUGAUUGUCAGAUAUCUGGCCUCUAUGAGGCCAUUUGCACAGAGCUUUGAUAUUUAUUUAUCACAGAUUCUGAGAGUUCUGGGUGAGAGUGCUAUUGCAGUCAGAACUAAAGCCAUGAAGUGUCUGUCUGAGGUAGUGGCGGUGGAUCCAAGUAUUCUAGCACGGUUGGAUAUGCAGCGUGGGGUUCAUUGUCGCCUCAUGGACAACUCCACCAGUGUGCGAGAAGCAGCUGUAGAGCUCCUCGGCCGUUUUGUGCUAAGUCGACCUCAGCUCAUUGAGCAGUACUAUGACAUGCUCAUUGAAAGGAUAUUGGACACAGGUAUUAGUGUGCGGAAGAGAGUCAUUAAGAUCCUACGGGAUAUUUGCCUGGAGCAGCCAGACUUCCACAAGAUCACUGAGAUGUGUGUCAGGAUGAUCCGAAGGGUCAAUGAUGAGGAAGGGAUUAAGAAACUGGUGAAUGAGACAUUCCAGAAACUCUGGUUCACCCCCACGCCCAGUCAUGACAAAGAUGCCCUGACCAGAAAGAUCCUGAACAUCACAGAUGUGGUGUUGGCAUGUAAAGAUUCAGGCUAUGACUGGUUUGAGCAGCUUCUCCAAAAUCUACUGAAGUCAGAAGAGAACGCUUCGUACAAACCUGCAAAGAAAGCUUGCGUUCAGUUGGUGGACAAUCUAGUUGAACACAUACUGAAAUAUGAGGAGUCUCUCGCAGACUGUGAGGACAAAGGGGUCAACUCAGGUCGCCUGGUAGCAUGCAUCACCACUCUAUACCUGUUCAGCAAGAUCAGACCACAGUUAAUGGUCAAACAUGCCAUGACUAUGCAGCCCUACUUGACCACCAAGUGCAAUACUCAGAAUGACUUCAUGGUGAUAUGUAACGUGGCCAAGAUCCUGGAGCUGGUCAUACCUCUGAUGGAGCUUCCAAGCGAGACUUUCCUCACCACCCUUGAAGAAGAUCUGAUGAAGCUCAUCAUCAAAUAUGGCAUGACGGUUGUCCAACACUGUGUAAGCUGUCUUGGUGCUGUUGUGAACAAGGUCACACAUAACUACAAGUUUGUUUGGGCUUGUUUCAAUCGUUACUACGGAGCUCUGGCAAAACUCAAGACCCAGCACCAAGAGGAUCCCAGCAGCUCCACUCUGGUAUCUAACAAACCCACUCUGCUGCGCUCACUGUUUACUGUGGGGGCUCUGUGUCGACACUUUGAUUUUGACCAAGAGGAGUUCAAGGGCGCCAGCAAGAUUGUCAUCAAGGACAAAGUGUUGGAGCUUCUGCUGUACUUCACCACUAAUGAAGAUGAGGAGGUCCAGAUCAAGGCCAUCAUAGGUCUAGGCUUCCAGUUCAUCAUGCACCCAGAGCUCAUGUUUGUGCAGGAUGUGAAGGUUCUCUAUAACAAUACCCUGUCAGAUGAAAACAGUUUGGUUGGUCUGAAGAUCCAGGUGUUAAAAAACCUGCAGACCUACCUACAGGAGGAGGACAAUCGAAUGCAGGAGGCUGACCGUGAAUGGAAGAACCAAGCUAAGCAAGAGGAUCUGAAGGAAAUGGGGGACAUCUCAUCAGGCAUGAGCAGUUCUAUAAUGCAGAUCUACCUGAAGCAGGUGCUGGAGUCCUUCUUCCACACGCAGUCCACUGUGCGGCACUUUUCACUUAGUGUCAUUACUCUGACUCUCAGCCAGGGCCUCAUCCAUCCUGUACAGUGUGUGCCCUACUUGAUUGCCAUGGGAACAGACCCCGAGCCAACCAUGAAGAACAAGGCUGAUCAACAGCUGGUGGAGAUUGACAAGAAAUAUUCCGGCUUCAUCCAUAUGAAAGCCGUAGCAGGGUUGAAGAUGUCUCAUCAGGUACAACAGGCCAUAGCUGGCAGCAAAGAGCCAGUGGUCCGAGGUGUUCGGCACGAUGACACAGAUGCGGCCCUCUGCUCUCAUCUUUACACUUUGGUCCGCGGGAACCGACAACAUAGACGGGCUUUCCUCAUUUCCCUGCUCAACCUGUUUGAUGAUAGCUCUAAAACAGAGGUGAACAGGCUGCUGUUCAUAGCAGACAACUUGGCCUGCUUCCCAUACCAGACCCAGGAGGAACCUCUUUUCAUCAUGCACCAUAUAGACAUUACUCUGUCUGUCUCUGGUAGCAAUCUGGCCCAAUCUUUCAAGGAGUCUUUACUGAAAGAGCCUGUUGAGCGUCAAAAGAAGACGAAGCCGAAUAAGAAGAAGAAGAAGAAAAAGAAGAAGCAGAAGUCUCACAGGAAGAAAUACAGCUCUGAGGAUGAUGAUGACGACGAGGACAGCAGUAGUGAAUCCAGCAGCAGCAGCAGCAGCAGCGAUGAGGAAGAUGAGGUGGUCCACAGGCGAAAGAAAACAGAUUCUGACUCCGAAAUGGAAGAUGAAGAUGCAAUUAUGGACCGUCUACCUGAAAACACAAACCCUCUGCUGGACUUCGCCAGUGCUUCUCAGGGUAUCUUGCUGCUGCUUGUGCUCAAACAACAUCUGAAGAAUCUGUAUGGCUUCUCAGACAGCAAAAUCCAGAAGUACUCACCAACAGAGUCUGCCAAAGUGUAUGACAAGGCAGUGAACAGGAAAUCUAAGGUGCAUUUCAACCCUCGACAGACGCUGGAUUUCCUGAAGGCUGAUUUAGCCAACAGGACUCUCAGCUACGAGACCAAGAGGAAUAUUGUGAAACAGUACUUGGAUUUCAAGGUACUGAUGGAGCACUUGGAUCGCGAUGAAGAGGACGAGGAGGGCGAAGCAAGUGCCAAUGCUAGAAAUAAAGCCAUUUCUUCGCUACUCAGGGGCCCAAAACCCCAGAACCACAACCACAAUAACCAUACUACAGUGGAGUCAGAUGAUGACGACAGUGAGGAUGAAGAUCCUCCCGUGCGGAAACCAAGGAAAGGCGGGGAUUCCACAGAGGAUUCAGGUCACAUGAAUGAGACAGUGGAAGCCAGGGACGUCGUUGCCAUCUGCCGCCCCAAAUACAAAGACAGACCACAGAUUGCUAGGGUCAUCCAGAAGACCAAAGGUGGCUACAGUAUACACUGGAUGUCUGGAAGUUACUCUGGGCCCUGGGCUGAGGCAAAGAAACGGGAUGGUCGCAAAAAGGUGCCUUGGGUUGAUACGAUCAAGGAGUCGGACAUUAUUUACAAGAAAAUCUCCUUGACAAGUGGACAAAAGCUUACGAACAAAGUGGCACAUACGUUACGGGCGCUAUAUGCUGCCAAGGAGGGGACUAAGAGUUAAUCAACUGACAGACAGAAUCCCCUCACAGCCAAAUCUAUGUGGAUCCAAUAUGUUACAAGCAGAGAAAAAGACGAAACCUCUUUAUAUUUAAGGACGUGAUAGAGGAAAAGUAUUGUGAACCCUGAUCUGUUGGAAACAUGGGCAUGUUUAAGUUAAACACAAGAAAAACACAAGAAGGAAAUGUUUGGGAAAACAUUGUGUGGGAGUUCCUUCGCUGUUGUGCAGCAACUCGGUUGUUUGAUUUUUACUCCCACUGUAUCAUAGUUUAACUAAACACAUGUUUAUAUCUGAACAUAAUUCUGUAAAAAAAAAAAAAAAAAAAAGAAUAAAGUGAAUGUUGGAAAUUAGUGUAUUGAUGAUGUUCUUAAUAAAGUGUUUUUGGAGUUUAAACUAGCACCAGAUGGAUUUAUUCACUUAACCUGAGCUCCAACAACUUUGAACUGUUUUUUUUCUUGUUUCAAACAUUUUGUUGUUUACCCACACUGUAAUGGAGUACCUUUGAAAUGAUUUACUUAUGUUAAAAGCAGUGCAGUAUCAAUGCCUAUAUGCAGGGGAAGAUAUAUUGUUUUUAAUAUAGAAUUUGAUGUUAUACAGUAGAACACAGAGCAAGAAGAAAGUGAUCCUCAGCACUUCUGGUGAA